CUACCUUACUUGUAGUUCGAAUUACAUAUAUUAUUGUUAUCUCAAGAGAUUACUGUUACAGACCGGUUCGACUGGCUUACCUGACAAUUCAUUUUCCCCUACUUUACGAUUCCGAACGCAAAUGAGAUUAGAGAUGCCCGGAUUUGAUUUGCCAAAUAAUUUGCGAAAUCAUAUUUCGGCCCAAAUAUUUUCAUCGCGAGAGGUUGAAGAUUAUGAUUCGAUAUUUACAGUCGCAUUCUGACAUCUUAAGAGCCUCGUGACAACCCCUCAAGAAAUUGUAAUGCGGAGCUGAGCUGGCGCGGCUUGGGUUACUUGACGAGAGAACACCAAUAUCCUCUAUGAACAAUGCUAUCAUGAACUGUAGCAAUGAUAUCAGUUUGCUGAUCUCACUGCCCGACGGCAAGAUCAGGCAUAGAAGAUGAACAUAAUAUGGGUGAUAGACCUAUUUCAUCAGGUUGAGGUAAUUUAGUAUAUAAUCAUCUUAUUACUUUCUCAAAUUAAUUGUUUAACUCCCCUAGUCAUUACCCCUAUUUCGCCCUUCCUAAUCCUAACAGUUGUUAUCGUAGCUCUUAGCGGGUCUUUUACAGAGCACAAUGGGGAUCGCCUGUAAUGAUACAAUACUAUCGCAGCCUGCCCUCGGGCGGGACGUGCAGCUCGGUAUGCUGUACGACGUACGCACCUCGCAAUUCUUCGGCGGUAUCUCACUUUGGGAUAACGACGUCGUCAACGCGAACGAAAAAGUCGGCGAGGAAAAAGUUCAAAAUGCAGAAUUUAGCUUCUCUUACUCUCUUGAAGAAGCGCGCAGAAAUAGUUCUCUUGAUAUCGAGGCGUCGCUGGGUCUUGAUCUUAAGCUCCUGCAUGCUACGGGCUCGGCUAAGUAUCUGAAUGAUAAGAAGUCGAGUGCGCAUGAGGCGCGCGUUGAUGUGUCGUGCACUGUUGUGCGCCGCACGAGGCGGAUUCCGCAGGAGGUUCUGGCGUCUAUGAAGUAUGGGAAAUAUCUUGAUGAUCCUCGUUACACGCACUUUGUUGCCGAGGUGGUUGAGGGCGGAAGCGGUACCCUCAGUUUCGUCCAGUCUUGUUCAUCAGAUGAAGAGGCUAGAAAAAUCACCGGCGAACUGAAAGUGAGCAUUGAGAAGAUACCGGUCCAAGGCAGCGCCAAGUUGGAGUUUUCGAAGAAAGAUGAAUCCAUAUUUGAUAACGUCAGGAUAUCGUACAGCGGCGCAAUGGCUGAGAAUGUUACCAACCUUGAGGAUGCCCGUCGUGUUGCUGGGGAAAUGCCGACGAAGUUGGCGAAGCAGCUGAACACAUUCCAUUAUACUCUUCUGCCACUUACGGUGCUCGAUAGCAAGGCAAGCCGCCUAAUCCGGAUUCUUGACACUGGUUUGGUUGCCAAGACGGCUGCUGCACUUAAGGCUGGCACCAUUUCAGGCCUCAACUUGAAGGAUUUGGCGGAUCAAGAAGUUUUUCAAUAUCAAUUCCCCGCGAUAAAACGUCAGAUCUCCAACCUCCAGAUGGCGUUUUCCGGAGCUGAGACCGAAUUUACGAAGGAAGCGCGCCGCCUCCUACCCGAGCUGCGGGACGGCACGAUGGAUGAGAAAGCUAAGAUCGCUGAACUCCAAUCGGCUGUCGCACUAUUCGAGCAGCGCACUGAAUUUGUUAAUCAAUUCAUCAAAAGAAAACAUACCGAGGCUAGUGUUCUUCGCACAACAGUAGCCACGCUGCUAGCUGAUGACUUCGAGAGUCAUCUUGGUGGACUUAGGUCGCAAUCACUAAUUGAUGGUGGUGCGCCAAAAUUGCUGCUAUCGUUUGGAGGCCCCUCAAUCUGGCGUGUUAAACACCCGCUCCAAGAGAAGAUCGAGGCUGGACCUGGACCUUCUGGAUAUGAUUAUGAUACUUCUGGGGGUGAUGAUGAUGGUGAAAAUGAUGACGACGAUGACGAGGAAGAAGACGAAGAGUGGUUUGAAGACCAACAGACUGUCGCUAGUGUACAAAAUUCUUGCGCGGCCCUACGCCAGCAGCGCUUACUAUCGGCUCCGGGCGUCGAUGUUGCUUUCGGAGUAGCGAGUAUUGACAAAGCAUAUCGCCCAGGGAAAUCGAAGAAAACUAAGACUAGCAUUGGGGAUAUCGUGCUGCAGAACCAGGGGAAACUGGUUAUUGUUACCGGAAUGUUACCUAAGCCACCCACGGCCCCGAAGUUGAAGGCUGAUGGUCAGACGAUUACUGUGACUUGGUUUGAAGAGCGCGAGAAGCUCGAGCAGCUAGUUAUACCGACGACAGGUUACAUCAUUAAAUACUGUCGUCGACUUAACCCCCAAAAGGAUGGUGCAUUCCCUAAGGCAACCGAGAAUGAACCCGUCACUGAAAUUAAUUGCGCUGCUGCCGAUACGGAGAUUGUAUUGACCUCACUGUCGGACGAUUGCGAUUACGAAGUAGCGAUGUGCGUUCAAACAACUGUCGGAUUAUCAGAAUGGAGCAGUCCUGUUAUAACACGCACAGCCAAGCUGCCAUCGGUUGUUUCUCAAAUGAUCGAUUUCUUUCACGAGCGAAGAGAACAGCUCACGAGAGGGCGCACUCAAAGAAACUUGAAGCCGGGUGACCUACCAAAAUACAAACCGUGGGAAUUACACGCUCCGAAUAACGGCGGGAAGAAGACGCUAUUCCUUGGCCUUAGUGAAGUAAGCCGCUGUCUUAGCACGAAUCAACGUUUCUUGAAUGAAAUUGCUGUUCGUAUCGUUGAUGUUGCUGCCGAAUUCAAUCCCAGACUUAGGCCGGCGCCUAUUGAAGACGAGAAAAAUACUAUAGUAGUUGUAUUUGCGGGUACCAGCGGCCAUGGGAAGAGUACCCAGAUCAAUGCCUUCAUUUCGUACCUUCUUGGUGGCGAAGUCGAUGAUCCCGCACGUAUUCUGGUCAUUGAUGAUCGUGGUGCUAAACAAUCCGAGUCGGUAACGCAACUUGUUACUUGCUUCCGCAUCCGACCACUUUCCCCUCUAUUCCGGGGCAAGACGCUACUAAUCGUCGACACGCCUGGUUAUGGAGAUUCUCGUGGCGUCGAACGCGACGCUUUCGUCACAGCAGCUAUGUCCGAGUUUUUCAAGAUGGUCAAUCACGUUAACGCAAUUAUCUUCACCUGUCGCGCCAACGAGGUGCGCACCACGCUCCUCAGCCCCGUAUCAACAUACGUCUUCUCACUAUUCGCGAAAGACGUCCGCAGCUGUUUGCGCACCAUUUACACAUUCAGCGACGCCGGAUCCCCACUCGCCCAAGGCGCUCUAAAGAAACUCAGAUGGCCAGUCGAGAACGGCGAGAUAUCCGUAAACAACAGUGCAUUUACCGUCGAAUUAAGCGGCAGCGAACACGACGUCGUGAUUCGCGAAGGUUGGCUUCAGUCCGUUAGGGGCCAAUUCCAAUUGAUGCGGAUGCUUCUGAACAUGCCGUUUAUACCGACGAAGAAUAGCGCUUCCGUGACACAGAAUCGGAUCCGGCUGGAACAGAAAUGCGAACUUGCUGAGAAGAAGAUUUUGAAGACGGCGAAUGAUGCGCAGAAUCUUAUUGCGAGUUUAGGAGCUCUUGCUAAUGCUGUUGGCGCUGCGCCGGGUGAGAAGAUUGAAGUUAUUGAGGAUAGGGCGGUGCAGAAGCCUGUGGAGGAUGGCAAUGCGACGACGUUGUGCCUCAACUGUAACUUUACGUGCCAUGAGAUCUGCGCGUAUGGUGAUGACGAUGACAAGAGUCGUUGCGCGGCUAUGAAUAAUGGCAGGUGUACUAUGUGCAAAGGCCAUUGUCUGUGGGGUCAGCAUAAGAACGCGCGAUAUAUCAUUACCACCGAGAAGCAUUCGGAGUGGAUGGUGCCUCUGGAUUUGAUAAAGCGCUGGAAUAACAAUAACAACUCGCUUGAGGGUGCCCUGCUCGAUGCCAUGGAUAGAUAUCUCCAGCUACAAGAGAGCCUGCGAAAUGAUAUUCUCGAGUUGGCUCGGUUGAGCGAGGAACUUACGAGCUCGGCUUUACUACACGAUCCGACCGGUCUUAUCGGAUAUAUGGAAACGCUGAUCCAAACUGCGCGCGCACAGGGCGCUCCAUCAGCACAGCUCAUUCAAUUGGCCACGGCCAAGAACACGUUGAUCUUGGUGCGCGAAGUAAAGGGCAAGGGUGAGGGCGCGACGCGGGACUCUAGGAUCCUCCUUGACGUGAUCGGUGCUGUGCGGCGGGAGAUGGAACGACGGAUGAAGCUUUCGCCCAAGGAGCGCGCGAGAGAAGAAGAGAAAUCAUGCAAUAUGUAUAAUAUUCUCCGUGAAGCAUUACCCCUUGAGAUUAGGGAUAAGGCACCGACGCCUCUUAGGAAGGGAAACUCGUCUUCGCGAGGCGCACUGUACCCGGAGAACUUGCAGGCAGUUGUUAAGUUGGUAGAGGUUGUGUUGAAGGAUGGUGGUGUUGUGGCUGCGCUAGCUGCUUCGGCCGAGAAGUAAGAUGGAAAAUGGAUUAACUGUCACCCGAGUAUUUCCAAAGCUACCAAGGUUGUUAUAUCGUGGCGAGUUUGAUACCUCUAUAGUUACAAGACAAAUGAACAUCAAAGAACUAUAAACUUCGUAGGAAAUGUUAAGACUAGAAUGUGGCGACUUGUAGAGCUACGAUUCCGUGAUGA